CCCGCCGCCAAGGCAGCGAUGGAGAAAGACCCCAGCUACUACCAGGAUGCGGCCAAGCCAGUGGCGGGUGACGCGCUGGGCGCCGACGGGACGGAGACGCAGCUGGACGACUUUGUGGGUGCUCACCCCGACUACAACGAGGAGGAAGAGGAGCAGAAGUAUUUCCGCCGCCAGCGCCUCGGCGUGGUCAAGAACGUGCUGGCCGCCAGCCUGGCCGGCACGGUUACCUACGGUGUCUACCUGGGCCUCCUGCAGAUGCAGCUGAUCCUGCACUACGACGAGACUUACCGGGAGGUGAAGUACAGCAACAUACAGCUGGAGGACAUCGACCGCAAGGUGCUGAUGGGCAUCAACGUCACCCCCAUCGCAGCGCUGCUCUACACACCCGUCCUCAUCAGGUUUUUCGGCACCAAGUGGGCCAUGUUCCUGGCGGUGGGGAUCUACGCCCUCUUCGUCUCCAGCAACUACUGGGAGCGCUACUACACGCUGGUGCCCUCCGCCGUGGCCAUCGGGGUGGCCAUCGUGCCCCUCUGGGCUUCCAUGGGCAACUACAUCACGCGGAUGGCCCAGAAGUACUACGAGUGCGCCAACUACAAGGAGGAGCACGUGCAGGAGCAGCAGCGAGCACCGCGGGGUGCCUGCAACGCCUACAUCGUCAUCUUCCAGACCGUCUUCUACGCCUGCUUCCACCUGAGCUUCGUCUGUGCUCAGAUGCCCAUGCUCUUCUUCCUCAACAACUACCUCUACCAGCUCAACCACACACUCUUCGGGGUCAAGCACUGCGGGACCCUGAGCCACGGCACGCUGCCCGGCUUCAACAAGACGGUGCUGCAGAGCCUGCCCCGCAGCGUCAACCUCAUCAUCGUGGAGAGCGCCCUGAUGGCGGCCGCCUUCCUCGCCAUGCUGGUGGUCCUGGUGCUCUGCGGCUCGGCGUAUCGGCCCACGGAGGAGAUCGACCUGCGCAGCAUCGGCUGGGGGAACAUCUUCCAGCUGCCCUUCAAGCACAUGCGGGACUACCGCCUGCGCCACCUCUUCCCCUUGUUCAUCUACAGCGGCUUCGAGGUGCUUUUCGUCUGCACCGGCUUCUCCCUGAACUACGGCGUGUGUGCCCUGGGGCUGGAGAAGCUGGCGUACCUCCUCAUGGCCUACGGCUUCUCCGCCUCGGCCUGCUCCAGCCUGGCCCUUUGCAUGCUGCGCCUGCGGCGGCAGAUCCCACUGCUGGCCGGAGCCCUCAUCCACGCCGCCCUCCUGGUGACUCUCUUCUGCUGGGCACCCGAGCCCCGGCACCUGGUCCAGGCGCCUCAGCUCUACGCCAUAGCCGUGCUCUGGGGUAUGGGGAGCGCCCUCAACAAGACCAGCAUUAGCAUUCUCCUGGGCAUGCUGUACGAGGACAAGGAGCGCCAAGACUUCAUCUUCACCAUCUACCACUGGUGGCAGGCCCUGGCGAUCUUCACCGUCUACCUGUGGUCCGGGCUGCCCAUGAAGGCCAAGCUCUCCAUCAUGCUGCUGACGCUGGUGGUGGCGGUGUGGGCCUACCUCUGGAUGGAGCACAAGCUGGCGCAGCACGUGGCGUACCGCCUGCCCCGCAUCCCCCGCCCGCGCCACAGGAUGCACGGCUACCGCUACUUGGAGGAGGACAACUCGGACGAGACCGGCUCGGAGGGCGACGGCGGCAACGACGACAAUGAUGAGCACCCGGCGGAGGCCGCCGCUGGGGACGAGCUGCAGAAAGAUGAUGAGGACCAGCUGGGUUAG